AUGGCUGAGGCAAGCAAAGCCACCGGAACGGUGAAGUGGUUCAACUCCACCAAGGGCUUCGGCUUCAUCACGCCCGACGACGGCGGCGAGGACCUGUUCGUGCACCAGACGAGCAUCAUCACCGACGGCUUCCGCAGCCUUGCUGAGGGCGAGCAGGUGGAGUUCUACGUCGAGUCCGGUGACGACGGUCGCACCAAGGCCGUGCAGGUCACUGGCCCAGGCGGCGCACCCCCUCAGGGCCAGCCCAGGGAUGAGUACGGACAGGGUGCUCCCCGCCGCGACUAUGGUGGCGGUGGCGGCAGCUACGGAGGUGGUGGCAGCUACGGUGGUGGCCGCGGAGGUGGCGGCGGCAACUACGGCGGUGGCGGCGGCGGCUAUGGCGGCGGUGGCGGCUAUGGCCGCGGCGGCGGAGGCCGUGGUGGCCGUGGUGGUGGCUACGACCAGGGCGGCUACGGAGGUGGCGGCUACAACCAGGGCGGCUAUGGCGGCGGCGGCGGCUACUGAGCAGCCAUCGGCCUUGUGCGGCCAGCUUCAGCACUAGCUGCUGAGGUCACAGCCCUGAGGGUUGCUAGAGACCCUCGGCAGUCGAACAGAGAGAUCCGGCCUUGCGUGAGGACAGAAUAACCCCGCAAACCAAGAAGCGGCCGUGGUUGGAUAAGGGCGCCCGUCAGAGCACUGCAUGCUUUGCUAGCAUUUGUCGAGAUGGUUUUGUGUAUCCUGAUGGGCCCGAGCGAGGAUAAUCGGUGGUUGUUUUUAGAGUGUGAAGGGCGCGUGGCGGCUGCGGAGGGUGGGCGCAUUCCGGUGUGACUGCCCUGCCGUUUCGCGCUGCGCUGACCCCUGGGGUUGCCUUACGGCGUUGCGGGCGCCGCACCCCCUUUUUCAGUCGUUUGUUUUCUCCUUUCAUGUGUUUGGUGCAUACCCCUGGUACCACUUUCUUUGCUUCUGUGUGGUUGUGUCAGGCUGCAUCCCUUACGCGCUCAUGCCCGUGCUGCAUCAGGCUAUAUCGGGCGGCAUGCGCUGUCGCACGGGGCUUGCGCCUGAAACUUUCUGCAGCUUUAAAUGCAUUCCCUGGACGGAACAGUCAUUUGUACUAGAGGCACAUGGCUGGCCCUCACCCGAUCCCUAGAGAGGGUGGAUGAUGCAACCAUGGAGGGUCAUUGCAGUUGGCAGCAUGCCGGAGGGCUGGGUUGACAAGGAUGGUCUGUGUGUCUCGCAAUCAGUCUGAGGCCUCGUGUGGUGUUACCGCUGCGCGUCGCCAAAGUUUUGACAGCAAGCAAAAACACCAUAUUCUUUGGCGGCUUUGAAGUUACUGUCACUGCUUGUGCUGGCACAACACAUUCCAAUGGUAUAAAGGCUACAUUCGUGUGGGAUAAUUGGAGCAUUUGGGCGGUUCGUUGGGGGGGCCUUGUGCCCACCCUUGGCUCGAUUUCUGGAUGGCUUCAGGCUGAUAUUUGAGUAGAGCUUCAUGGCUAUAUUUCAAUCGAAGGAAACCUUGUCAACUGCGACUCAAUGGACUUUGUAACCCAGAAGCAAGGGAGUAACAUAGUUUUCCUGGUAAUUCCAGUUCUACAUGAGGGGUUUGUUCUAUGGAGUUGCAUCACACACAUACAAAAAAAAAGGAAAAGGCAUUAUGUUGGUGAAAGUGCACUGUAUCAAACUUGUUCUGAGGCAGUCGAUGGAUUGCAGUAAUCUUUGAAGUGUCCUUCACAACAUAAUGGAUUCUUGUAAUGGAUCUGACAAGUGCCAGAAAAUUGCUUGGGCCAAUGAUGACUUUGCCAGAAUGUCUUCAUCAGUUGCAAUGACCUGCAUAUCCAGAUAUUUUGAUCCCUUUUUGCAUCAAGCACUCAUACUGUCAUCCUUCAGUCAAUUGGAAGAACAUUGAGGCGAUCACAGCAGCACAAGCCUAAGCAAGUAUCCUUUAAGGCAGAACUCGUGGAUGUUUCAGCUGAGCCCCUCAAAGUAGGUCUGAUUCUUUGGUGAACUUGCAAAGCCACACUUCAGCAAUAAAGACAAGCUGUGAAGCAAGUCGCGACCAUCUCACGUUUUAUAGACCUGACCUUAGCAGCAAAGCACACAAAAUCAGAGCCAGACACAGAUGCCUAAGGCAGAGACAGCUGGUCAGCUGAAUCUCAAACACCGCUCCCGCCAUCCCGACGAAGCUUGAAAGCUGAUUCCAAGGUCAUUUCUGCAUGUCUGACUUCACCACAAGCGGCCCUAUGAGACCAGGCAGCACACUCAAUGCUCAACAUGCUUAAUCUAGCCUGUUUGCACGCAUACACAGAGGCUGCAACACAGUGGAAAAUGAACGUACU